GCCCCGGAACGAUGCAGCGGGGGCGAAAGGGGGCCUGCCCAGUGCAAGUUUGGGCAAAUGAGCCCCCUUGGGGUUUGGCCUAGGAGAGCCUACCUCUUCCCGGGGACUUGUGAAAUGGUCAAGGAGACUGCAGCUCUGCGAGGCACUGGUGGAGGUGGCAGGAGGGGCACAAGGAGCUUAAGAACGGGCUUGCAGUACGGGGCUCUGUGGCGUUCAGGUGUUUGGGGGCAAAGGAGGAGGUCAUGCCUUUCCUUUUCUCUUGGGGCCUAGGCACUCCUGUUGCCUCAUCUGCAGCAGAAAACAGUGGAGAAAAUACAACAUGUUUCUUCAGAUCAUCUGUGAAGCACUUACUGUAGCCUUGCACAUCAUAGAGAGGGAAUAAUUGAUGUGUCUGAGUGUUGACAUGGAAUCCUGAGCCAUGAAAUAUUGGCCAGACAGAACUGCAGGGCUGUGUGACAGUAGGUGACAAUGUGUGUGUGCUAUCCUGCACACCUGGGACAGCAAGCUGUCCUAUUUUAGAAAUAUCUGGGUUUUUCUUCUAUGCUUAAUGUAGUCUUUGCUUCCAACAGUUUUGACAGAUCUGCCAUUUACAUCAUGUAAUCCAUGUGCAGUUCAUGGAAGUGAGUGAAGUUUCUUCAUAAUAUGGAGUUAAAAACAAAUGUACAUGCUCCUAGGAAUGCAGAGAGCAGCCUUGAAACAGGCUUAGAGAAGAGAAAAUUGAAAACAGAAGUGAAUGCAGCCCUGGAACAUUGCUGUGUGCAGUCAGUCUGCUUAAAGCUUUUGUUAGCAGGUCCCAUGGCUCAUCAACAGUCAUAUAAUCCUGUAGUCAAAAUCCAGUAGCCUCAACAAAGCCUAUAUGAAGCUGCAGGAUACUUAGCUGAAAUUCAAACAGCAGUUGAAACUACCUAUAAUUGAAUAUUGGCUUUGCAGCUCAGGUUGAAAAAACUAUCAUCCAUGGGUGAAAAUUAGGGUUUUCUCCUGUUUGAUUGCUUUUUAAACACCUGCUACACAGUUCACUGUGAAGAGCUGUGGCUGGAUCCAAGAUACAGCUGGUGUUCCAGCAGUAGAGCACACCAAUGUAAUUACAGCCCUGCAGAUGAUCAAUAGAUAUUUAGUGCUGGAAGGGAUUUUUAAAUUUAUUUGGUCUAGGACCAGGAGCUACUGAAGGCUUUCCAAUGUAUUAAGUCCACCAUAAAAACAUCUAAGCCAUUUGUAGAAAGAAAGCACUUGAUCUCUCUGCUAAGCACUAUGUGUAUCUUGCUUCAUUCAUCCUGUUCUCAGUUCUUCUUCUGUUCCAACACAAACAUUUGCACAUUUGACUCUAUAUCUCAAACGCCUGUGAUAUCCUAACACUGCAGUCCUAUAAUGUUGGUCUUUCCUCAUGCCUUCCUCUUCACCAUGUGAAUAGCCUUUUUGCACCUGGGCCUGCAGUUGCAUGUGAGUGCCCUGUAUUGAUAUUAAAUGAGCAUUUCAUGGGCUCCUCUGUUAAGCCUUAUCAUUUAUGGAUUUCACUUAGAUCAAAUGCAUGGACCUAAACAGUAAUAAUGACUGAAAAUUGCCUUUAUUGGGUAUUGAAUCAAUACAACCCUGAGCUAGUAACAGAGAAUGUGUCUGAAGUCUAAGUUUUUAUUUUUGAAUGAAGGACGUGCGAAGGUGCAGCUGCGGAGCAGGAAGGAGAGCAGCAGUUCAGCUUCCUGCCUCAGCCCUUGUCCUCUUCUGCCAAGGACCACGUAGGUUUCCUGCUGACUUUGCUGAAUAUCAGAGCAAGCCUCAUAUUACCUAACAGUGUUCUGAUUUGGCUUUUUUUCUAAUGAAACAUUAAUUGCUUGAGCUGAAUGACCUGGAACAGGUGUGCUUUUGUUAUUAGUAUAGGAUUCUACCAUUCUACAAACUCUUGUGAAGAGGAAUCAAGAUCUUUCAGGGGAGAGUAUGCAAAGGAUUCCUUUUUCCAAAUGUUUCAGUAGUUAUUACUGAAGAUUGAUUGUCUGGAGAUACUUGCCUUUGCUUUCCUCUCUGAAAUACCACAACCUGCUGCUCUGUACUGCCCUGGUUAAAUAGUAGGCUGGCUGCUUUUCUCGUUACUGUGACAGUCUAUAUCUACACCAAAGAUUUGAUAGUGACUUUUCUUAAUUUCUACCAAUUCAUAACUCAAUUGGGAAAUGGUCUUAAAUAUUAAAAUCUUUAAAACUUUGUUGGAAAUCAAGAGGGUUUUUUUCAGGAAAACAAAGCUGGUGAGUAAAAACAGCAUUUUUUUGUUUCCAAAGCCAAGAAAUCACUGAAGAAAGCUGAAAGCAGCAGCCACUUGACAUUUUGAAAUAUGUAUUUGUCUUGUCUGUACUGGCAAAGUCAAACAGCAGUUGUCCAUGCCUGUUUUUAUCUUCUCUUCUAUAUUUAAAAACUUAAAUUGGGUAUGACAUAAUGUAAUCAGUUAAGCUAUUUAAAUAAAAAGGAAAACCUCAUGGACCAAUGUUCCUGAAACCCACAACCAUUAGCUUUCUGAUGGAAAUUUUACAGAAAAGAGGGGCCUCUUAAAACUGCCUCAUUUGCCUCGUGUUGCCAUUGCAAAAUGCAACAGGGGCUAAUUUGUAAAGUGCUACUUGUGGUCAUCACAAUGCCAAAGGGGUGUUUUAAGAGACCAUACUUAGUGCUUGUUUGCACGCUGCAGCUUUACAGGCUGUCGAGUCAAAAGGGUAGAUGGGACCUUUCCUCUUCAGUGUGCCCCUGGAGAGACACCUUCUGCUUGGGGCAUUGACCAUUUAGUUAUCCAGCUUUUUUAUCCUUUUCCCCCAACAUUUCUUUUAUUUGUCAAGGCUUAUUUCAUGGCAUUGAAAACACAAGGCAUACAGCCCUUACUAACAGACCAGUUAACUUUAAAUUGUCCCCAUCUAUGGGCUGAGAUGUACCCAGGUGGGUGAGGGGUCAAGCAAAAGCUGCUGAGACACCAUUGGUAUCAGUCUCCAGAGAGGGGCUAUUUCCUUGUAAACCUCCCCCUUCUAAAGCUGCCCAGGGCACUCACACAACAGACACUGUCCAGAGAAGGGUAGGAAAUGAGUGAGGCAUGAUUCCUAGGAAAACUGUCUUCCUUCUCCUUGGCUCUUCCAAACCUCAUGCAAAAACCUGCUCAGCUAAUGCCCUGAAUGAUAGGUGCUGGUUAGCCUGGUGGAAGGCUGUCACCAUCCCAAGUGAGUAUGAUUGACCAAACAGUUAUCUAUUUAAGACAAAAUGCAUGAUAUUCCCCCUCUUGAGUGAAAAUCAAAUAGGACUGUCUCCUCUCUUCCCUUCCUGCCCUUGAUCUAUUCAGUAGACACAAACCAAAGAGUGCUCCUCAUUCCUUGUUCCAAAUUAUCUCCCUCACAGAGACAAAGGAAAAAGUCCAUCAAGAGUGUCAGUAUUUUUCAUGAUCCUGCACUUUCAGGCAGUAUUUGCAUUGCAGAUUCUGUCAAAAGAAAAUCCAAGCUGAGCAAUUGCAUCUUUUUUUCUGCUCCUGUUCUUUUUGUUGUCCCACUUUAUGUUCUGAUCACAUGUCUUUUCUUGGUGCCUUGGACUUGGCUGUCUUCUCUGCACUUCACAUGAGAAACUGUCAAGAGUUUUAAAAAAAGUAGAUAGGAAAUACCAAAUGAAUGUGUCCGCGCUCUGGAGAGCAGCCUGGUCUCCAGUUGUGUUGGCCACUACAGGCAGAGUCUUCUGCUUCUCAUCACUGUGGCUGAGAAUGAAGUGAAUUGCUCCUUCAGGCUGACUUUUUCAACCCCUCCAGUGGGAGAAUUUUCUCAGUGAAGCACUGGACUGUAGCAACUGUGGAGCUAAUGGAGUUCUGCUGCUGGAGGGUUACAAGGACAAUUUAGGCAAAUGGCUGUAAAAUGUGCAGAUGUCGCAUCAUGGGGAAGGGACAGACUAGGUGACUUGGUGGUAGGUCCCCUUCAGAUUUGGUUUCUAAUGCUGUUCUUUCAGGUGGACAGACCUGACACUGGACAUCUCAUACUGGUGGAAAAGCAAUGGGUCUGCACACUUUUUGGAAGCCCCAAAUACUCCCCUUGUUCUCCCUUUCUCACUUCAGAGACCCCAGAGGAUGAUCUCCCCCAAGAAGGGAAGUGUGGAUACCAAGGAUGCUUUGCAAUCAGUGCAAGCCAUUGCAAGAGUGAGCAACGCCCCGUGAAACAGUCCCUGAGCGCUUGCAUGUGCCGAGAGUCCCACUGGAAAUGCCUCCUUCUCUCCAUCCUCAUGUAUGGCUGCCUGGGUGCAGUGGCCUGGUGUCAGCUGGCCAGAGUCACCAAGCUCAGCUUCGAUAGCUCCUUCAAGGGCAAGUCUAUGAUCUACCAUGACAGCCCGUGCUCAGACGGCUAUGUUUAUAUCCCGCUGGCCUUCCUCUCCAUGCUGUACGUGGUGUACCUGGUGGAGUGUUGGCACUGCCACGCCAAGAGGGAGCUGCAGUACAAGGCAGACGUGGACAGUGUGUAUGAGUGCAUCAACCGCAUGCAGCAAGCCACUCCAUGCAUCUGGUGGAAGGCCAUCAGCUACCACUUCGUACGGAGAACCCGGCAGGUGACCCGGUACCGCAAUGGUGAUGCCUACACCACCACACAGGUCUACCAUGAGAGGGUCAACACACACGUGGCUGAAGCCGAGUUUGACUACUCUCACUGUGGCUACAAGGACAUCUCCAAGGAGCUCCUGGGCUUGGAGAGCUAUACAGCCACCAAGCUGAGGUUCACCAAGUGCUUCAGCUUUGCCAACAUUGAGUCUGAGAACUCUUACCUGACUCAGAGAGCUCAUUUCUUCACAGAGAUUGAGGGGCUAGAUGAUUACAUGGAGGUGAGGGAAGGCAUGCAGCUCAAAAAUGUGGAUUUUAAAGAGCUUAUGAUGGCCUACGGAGACCCGGAUCACCUCCCGUGGUACGUGUCCCAUUAUGCUUUCUGGGUGGCAGCUAUCCUGAUGAUCUCGUGGCCGCUCAGGGUACUCAUAGAGUAUCGGACUGCUUACGUCCAUUACCACGUGGAGAAGCUGCUGGGCCUGGAGUACACGGCGCCCACGACGGCGGAGGAGCCCUUGUACCGGUACCGCAUGCCCCGGGACACCACGCAGGACAGCACCGAGCUGGAGUGGCACAUCUGCACCAACCGGCAGCUGAUCCCCAGCUACUCGGAGGCCAUGCUCAUGGACCUGGCCAACUCCCCGGCCUACAACAGCUACACGGUGUGUCGCUACGGAGAAACGGCCCACGGCUGUGAACGCUGCAACCGUGCCUCCAGCACCUCCUCCAUCUUCUCCCGCCACGCUUUCCACAGCUGCAGCGGCAACUCCCGCCUCUCCCUCAACACCAGCCGCUUCUCCCUCUGCCGCAUCCAUGGCUCCCACAGGACAGGCCUCUGGCGGAGCCGCAGCAGCAGCAUUGCAGAUCGGGGCUGCCAGGAUGAACAGUGCUGCUCCUACUCCAGCCAGCUGGCUGUCAACGAGAACCCCCCAACCUACCAUGAUGCCCGAUUCUUCCCUGUCCUGAUCGUGCACAGGCCGGAGGGGCAGGACAGGCGGCAUUUCUACAUCAGGCGUUCCUCCUGCCUGGAAACCUCUCUGUGACAUGACUCGGCUCCUCUGCUCUGGGACAGGGAUUGCAGAGGUGACACCAGUGGGGAGCCUGCAAGUGUCAGUCUCUACAGCAGGUCAGCAGGACGAGUUUCAGCUCUUCCCCCUGCCAUUGCAAGAGGACGUAGAGACUCUGACCAACACCUAAUCUCAUUUCCAAGAUUUUCUCCCCCUCUGCUUGGUCUCCCAUAUCUUUCAUUCCCCAUUCCUCUCACUCUUUCACUCCUCACCCUUCCUCUGCUCCUUGAUUCCUUGCCUCUCCUCCAAUCCCACCCCCAUUCUUUUUUUUUUUUUUGCAUUUUAGUCACAGCAUUUGGUUGUUGUGGCUGCUGGAGGAUUUUAAAUGCUUGUGCUUUGCCAGUACAUUUUCCCUCCUGGAUGCUUUGCGAGGUAAGAACCUCAGAUAGAGCAAGGCACAAGGCACACAGCCAGCCAGAGUCAAGUCAGAAGGAGAAUUCAGAUGGGCAGGCGCUGAGUCACCUCCUGCAAACCCCAAACGAGGUGCUUUUUUUUAAAUUUUAUUUUCCCCAAUCUUUUUUUCCUCUUCUUCUGUCAUUCCUUCUCUCCUUUGUUCAUGUUCUUGUCCUCUUACUUUACCCUCAUCUUCCCUUUUUUUUUUCAGUUCUCUCACUUCUGCUUUACAGUUUUUCUGGGAUUUUGCCAGUGAGGAUAUCUUUCAGGGCGUAAUUAUCUUCCAUUGGGCAAAAGUAAGGUUUUCAUAGCACAAAUGUCACUGACUGCUCACACAGCCACAAAAUGAAGCCCCUGAGAAAUGCUGAGGAGUUUCUUUCAGGAGCAGUGAUGUACACUGAUAUAGCAAAAUGCCCUUUACUCACACUGCCCUGCCUGGUCUGCAGCAGAGAUGCUGCUGCAUUUCCAGCUGUAGUUUACCUUUGUUCAGCUCCCCCCCUGAUAGCAAUCAUUGAGAGCCAUAAUGUAAAUUAGUGCCCUGUUAAUGCCACUAUUUUUAGGACAGUAGGCCUGGUUUGUGGUUGUUUCAUUCCUUCAACUUGAGUGCAGCAGCACAGGCUUGACAAGGGGAGAGGGGCUGGAGAGGGAAAGGUAAAUAUAGUAUUAACCCUCCCACAGAGAGUCUGGAGCUGUUAGGAAGCUCUUCCACCCACAGUGUCUAUUACAGCAGUUGUAGGACUGCCUACAUUACCUUUCAGCUUUCUGUGUGCCCUGAGGAGGGCUUUUGGUCUGUAGCCCACUUCACAUUCCCAGGUGAGAUGUGGUGCAACCCCAGCCCCAGGCAGAGAGCACAGCUGGGAGCUAGCCCCACUGGCCACUCCUGCUGGGCUCCAGGCUCUUCCUGCAAGGCUCCCUCUGGAGCAGGUGUAGCACCUUCCAGAAUUAGUGCCAGCCUCUCCAAAUCUGGAAGGUGUCUGGUCCUGACAGAGUGUGCCACGGCACUCUGAGCUGUGGAUUCUUCCCUUCUGGCCUGGCCCCCUCCAGGAGCCAGGGGCCAAAAACCUUGUGGCCACACUGAGAACCACCAGGGACCUCACACCUGCCAAACCUCUGUCCCGCAAGGGAUGGUUGUAUGCUGAGCAAGCUCCAUACCAUUUUGCCACAUGGCUGGUGGAGAUUAUUAUCCACUCUGACUCACAGGAGGAUGCAAUACAAUCGCAAUACAUACGGUCACUUUCAAAACCAGUGUUGUCUCAUGCUACCUUACAAGUAGGUAAGAAACUGAGCCCCCAGAGGGGCUGGCAACAAGUGCUUCUUCCCAAGUCCAUUUUGUGUGUAUCAACAUGUAAUAUGAAAUUUGUAAAGUCAUACUGAUAUGUGUAGAUUAUAUGUAACUCUGCAUACUUAUAUGGUGACUUCUUACGGCAUUGACUGUUGCACCAUGUUAAAUACAUUUUGGUCUUGUUUGAUGACUC